AUGGAUGAACCUAAUCCGUUUGCUGAUGACUACGUUGCCAAUGAUUACGCAAAAAAUAGUUAUGGGUCCGCAAUCGAUGGACCAAUGAGUUCGGAAGCACCAAUUUCAGCUGAUUUGCACACUGCUAAAGGAGGUACACCGUCAGGCGGAAAAUAUGCCGAGCUGUAUCAAGUUGAGGAUGAACUAUUGAGGUCAAGACUUAAAAGCGCUCUGAAGCUGCAGUCACUGGAAUCAGAAGGAGUUUACGAACCGGACCUGUAUGCGCCGACGUGGGUGACAUUGACAGUUGCAGCAGCACUUUAUUUGAGCCGAAGUCUGUCAACGCUGGUGCUUGGAUUGAUACAUGGACUACCUCCAUCUGUGGCAGGCCAUGAGCUGAUGCCAUAUUUGGUCAUGGUCCCAUUUUAUGGUUUGGCGACUCCGCUCGUGGUUCACAUUGUGGCCAGAUUUUUGUUCAAAAUCCAAAGCGGAUGGGGGAUAGUAGAGUUGGUUAGCAUAUACGGUUACUCAAUGGUAAUUUGGGUACCACUGGCGGCAGCAUUUUUCGUCCUGCGGCUGCUAGUAGAUUUGCUGCCAGGAGCGGUCCUGUUGGUGGGACAUAUUACUGUUGCUACGGUAGGGGUUUUGCACACAACGUUGUUUCUCUAUCGACAAUUCAAAGGUCCUGAGGAAUCCGAUGGGAAGAAGUUGUGGGCCAUUGCAGCGUCAGUGAGUGCUAUAUGCGCAGCUACACUAAGACUUGCAUUCAAUUCAUGGGCGUCGUGA